AUGUUGAAGCCACGGAGGCAUCCAAGCAUGAGAUUGUUGCUAAUGCGUACAAGCUGGGAUACUCGGAUUGCAGGAAUAGUGCUUCUCCUUGUUGCCCUCGAACAUGAAGACGGUAAGCAACUUUAUCUUGACCUGCCCCCUGCUCAAAGUGAGCAGAGCAAUGUUGUUGAUGUAGAAGCAGUUGAAGAGCAGAUAGCAGAUGAAGCUGCAAUGGAGGAAGACAACUCCCAAGGUGGCGUAGCUGAUAAGGUUAGACCAUAUGCGAAUGAGCAGGCAGGUGAGGCCGUUGAGUAG